AUGGUUGUGGUCCCUCAGAGCUCCGUUGCUUCCCUCCAGCUCAGCUUCAUCCCAACCAUCACUCUACUCGAAACCAACCAUACUUUCAUCAUCAUCGACACCACAAGCCAAAAUGACCCACCCGAUCCAUCUCGCCGUAUUCAAGAACGCCGCUCGGCCUGCCCACUGGGCUAUUUUCGUCCCAACGGACAAGGACGGCAAGGUGGGAAAUCUCAUCCAUGUCACUGGGAAUCCUGCCACCGGAUUCUUCCUCGAUUUAAGCGCAAGUACGACUUCAGCAAGACCCCCCGCGAGUACCACAUCAUCCCCCUCGCCCAAGUCGAUGAGCGUUUCGUUGCUGCCAAAGCCGCGAAUGUACCACAGGGACGCGACACUAUCGCCCGCGAUCGCCUAGAAUCAGUCGCCACUAGUGUUCAACCUCCUCCUCGAAGUGACAUCCCUUUGAUCCCAAGAACCCAAAUUGUCAAGACUGGAUUCUGA